UCUGGUACUGCAGUAAGAGGUGUCAGCAUUUAGUGAGGGUCUGUGCAAGGCUCUCAGUACUGGGCAGGAGGGGGCACAGGCUGCCCAUGUGGGUGCAUACCAGACAAGGACAUCCAGGACCUUCUAAUCUACAGCAUCACCUUAAAGGAUUGUUACCCUGGACUGGGGGGUGGGGGAAUCAGUGCAUUGGGGUCCCAGCUAAAAAUGCAGAGAUGUGACUGAGACCUGGAGCUGCCUGCACAUCAGACUUCCAUCUAAGUAAACAUGAAAACCCACCCAGCUGUUGUCCUGCUCCUCUUUUUCGUGAUUGGCUAUGGAUCUUCUGAAAAUUCCACAACGUCGAGAGGCUGUGGCCUGGACAUUUUUCCACGCUACGUGUACCUUUGCGACCUGGAUGCCAUUUGGGGGAUAGUUGUGGAGGCCGUGGCUGGUGCAGGCGUCCUUACAACCUUGCUUCUUAUGUUGAUCUUAUUGGUAAGACUCCCUUUCAUCACAGAGAAGGAGAAGAAAAGUCCUUUGGGAAUACAUUUCCUUUUUCUUCUUGGAACUCUUGGAUUGUUUGGCUUGGCUUUUGCAUUCAUCAUACAAGAAGACGAAGCGAUCUGCUCUACUAGAAGGUUCUUGUGGGGCGUCUUAUUUUCCCUUUGUUUCUCAUGUCUGCUUGCUCAAGCCUGGAGGAUCCGUAAGCUUGUCCGGCAUGGCAAGAGCCCAUCAGGCUGCCAUCUUGUUGGAAUGGUUAUAUGUCUGGUGUUGGUUCAAGUCAUUAUUGCUACCGAAUGGAUUAUCUUAACAGUCGUUAGGGAGAAGAAGAUGGCCUGCAGUUAUGAGCCAAUGGAUUUUGUCAUGGUUUUAAUUUAUGUCAUGGUUCUCCUAGUGGUUACCUUCGGUCUCUCGCUUUUCACACUGUGUGGAAAAUUUCAGAAAUGGAAAAAAAACGGAAUAUGCCUUAUUAUUACAACUUUUCUUUCUGUCUUGAUAUGGGUGGCUUGGAUGACUAUGUAUCUUUAUGGUAACAACGAACUGAAGAAAAAAGACAAGUGGAAUGAUCCUACCUUGGCCAUUGCCCUGAUCGCGAGUGGAUGGGUGUUUCUCAUCUUCCAUGCCAUCAUAGAGGUCCAUUGUACCAUUCUACCAGCACCACAAGAAAACGCAACAAAUUAUUUCGAUACGUCCCAACCUCGUAUGAGAGAAACACCUUUUGAGGAAGAUAUUCAGCUGCCCCGGAGCUACAUGGAAAAUAAAGCUUUUUCCAUGGAUGAACACAAUGCAGCCAUACGAUCUGGGGGAUUUCGCAACGGAAGUUUAGGAAGCAGACCCAGCGCACCGUUCAGAAGUAACGUGUAUCAGCCUACUGAGAUGGCGGUUGUCCUCAAUGGUGGAACAAUUCCAACCGCUCCUCCAAGUUACACUGGACGACAUCUUUGGUGAAAUGCAUAUAGGUUCCAGAGGGACAGGUUUUUCAGCCUCUGGCCCUGUCUUUUGUGAGGGAGGAAUCAGUAGCAGGACACAGCCACACCACACUCAAGAGCUCUGGUAAUCCUAUCUAAUAGGGUUUAUCUAUACAGGAACAGCUGUGAACUCUUGAAAUAACUACUAAAGAAGGAUGUUAUCACCGCUAACUCGAAGGUGCUCCACACACCCAACAAGAUUCACUUUUUACAGAACAACAACUGCGUUAAGAUGGAAAAUGCCACUUAAGUGAAGUGAACCCUGGUGGCUUAUGGUGCACUUGCACUGUAAAUCUAAAUUCUAAACCCUAAGCAUCACCACGGCUCUUCAGUAAUAACAAUUGGAUUUCCAUGGCUUAGAAGUUUAGGACAACAUUUUGAUCAACAAUGAGGAAUCCCAGUGCUGUUAUGCAAGGGCCAUAUUGCUGUAUAGAAGAUAUAAGUGUUUGGCAAGACAGAACUGCAAUAUGAUUCACGCUAUGACAUUCUAAAGGACCUUGUGUUGGACUGGAGUUCCUUGGGCCCCCAGAGGAAAGUAUUCUUGGGGGCUAACCCCAUAUCAUCAAUAAGAUCUAAUAGGUUUUGAUUCAAAGAAACAGACCCUAAUGGCAAUGUCUUGUCUUCAAAGGCAGCUCCAAAUGUUUUAUUUGCUCCUGGACCUUUGGGGCCCACUAUGGUAUCAGAGCCUGGGCCCACAGGAGUAUACUCUGGUACUGUAGUGGGCCAGUCCGACGCUGCAAAUGUGUGAGGGACAGGUCUUCAUAAAAAAAAGUUCUAAAUCUAUUUACUCCUGAACACUAUCUGUAACUUUGUACAUGCACUACAAUACUUAUUUUGUACUGAUCCUGAGUUACAGUCUGUAUUAUAGACUAGAGCUGUAUUAACAAAUCUGUCGGCUUCAGAGCUCAAUUCCCCCAGCAUUCCUUGCUGACUGAAUGUCUACACAGACCUUGUUCUUGUGGGCUUCAUUCUGGGAAGUGUCCUCUUUACAUCAGGUUCUGUACUUAAAUGUUAAAAAAACCUAACUUCUUCCGGAUUCCCCUGUAAUUUAGUGGGGUGUUUGGCAACAAACUUAUUAUACCAACCUGGAGAAUUGUGAAUACAGCUUUGGGCUGUAAUUCUAAAUUUGUAAAAGGCAAGAAUAAUACAGAUGACAAAUGAGAUCAUUUUAAAACAGCAUAGACUGUAAUAAAAAAGUAACUUGCAAAACCGAGCCAUAGGAAUUUCUGUAAUAACAUGCAUUCCCACCUAAAUGAAAAAAGAAAAUCCUUAGGCAAUAUGAAUUCUAUGGCAGUCUUCCACCAAGUGAAUACAAUUUCAGUUUAGUUGUUUCCUCGUUAUAUCUGUUUCUCAGAAUUAGACUGACCACCAAUAUGGGUGACAAUACCUUGGGAUGGUGCCCAUCUAAUCUAUCCGACAAAACCUGAGAUAUAUGUGAGCAUGGGAUAUAUCACUACAUAGUUAGGCAGAUUUUAUAUUCAAGAGCCUGGAGAAGAUGGGUGGCAUCCUCUGUGGGAGAUGCAAUAGGGCCCAUUGGUUGUCCCCUCAGAUUUUUCAGAAACAAAUAUAAUUAAGUAACAAAAGUCAAACUCUUGACAAUUUGAAGGACACGGACAACCCAGAAUCUUACAUUGUUUGACCAUCUUCGGUGAGAAUGUUCCUUAAGACUUUUGCGUUAAUAUAUGACACAAGGACAAGAGUUUUUUUUUUAUGUUAUGACUGGUGUAAAUAGUAGACAUUUUUGUUAGAAGCUGAUUGGAUAAAAAGGAGCUAUGUCAAUGAGAUAUUUUUGAUGUAAAAUGUAAUUAUAAUAAUGAAUUGUACAGAUGAGAUGAUGUCGUUUUUCAAAAUUAACAACUAACGGUGUUUAGUGGGUGGGAUAUACAUAGAAGAGAUGUGGGGUACAUAGAAAAUAUGAAAAUGAGGACCCCUCCUACGGGUUGGUUCAUGUCUCCCUUCCCCACCAGUAUUAGAAAGGUACAUCAUGAAAAUUGUAGUGAAAGUAAUCUUCUUACCAGUGACUGUAUUUGUGAGUUAUAACCUCCCUUCAGAUCCUCAGCUGUGUCAUGUGACCAACUGACACAGGACAGGAAACAAGAUUUUUGUGGACUCACCUGUAAAAUCUCUUUCUCGCUGAGUUUCAUUGGGAGACACAGGACUGUGGGCUUACUAUUCCUGCUGCGAUCCGUGGGCGGAGCGUCUUCUUUCCGGACUGAGGGCAUCCAGACGAUCCUCAUUGCCCUAGAAGCAGGACGAUGUCUGAGUAUCACGCACAACGGGGCCAAUCUGGGGCAA